CAUAAGUACUCCUCAUUCCCUCCAUACUUUCCUCAUCUCAUUCUCUCUCUCUAACCAUUCUUUUUACACAUUUCAACUUCACACAAAUGGAGAUGUUGAAUUUCUCCUGCAUUUUUUCUCUAAUUAUUUCACUAUUUUUACUAACAGUUGAAGCUAGAAUUCCAGGUGUUUAUAGUGGUGGAUCAUGGCAAAAUGCUCAUGCUACUUUCUAUGGUGGUAGUGAUGCCUCUGGUACUAUGGGUGGGGCAUGUGGAUAUGGUAAUCUAUAUAGCCAAGGUUAUGGAGUGAAUAAUGCAGCAUUAAGUACAGCUCUAUUCAACAAUGGACUAAGUUGUGGAGCUUGUUUUGAGAUCAAAUGUGACAAUCAACCUCAAUGGUGUCAUGCUGGAAGUCCUUCCAUUUUAAUUACUGCAACUAAUUUCUGUCCUCCAAAUUAUGCUUUGCCUAAUGACAAUGGUGGUUGGUGUAACCCUCCUCGUCCUCAUUUUGACCUUGCCAUGCCCAUGUUUCUCAAGAUUGCAGAGUAUCGUGCUGGAAUUGUCCCUGUUGUUUACCGUCGGGUGCCAUGCAGGAAGCAAGGUGGAAUUAGGUUCACAAUCAAUGGUUUCCGUUACUUCAACUUGGUUUUGGUCACCAAUGUCGCGGGUGCAGGUGACAUUGUGAAGCUUAUGGUUAAGGGUUCGAGGACUGGCUGGAUAACCAUGAGUCGUAACUGGGGUCAGAAUUGGCAAACGAACUCCGUUUUGGUUGGUCAGGCACUGUCAUUUAGGGUUACAGCCAGUGACAGGCGCAAAUCCACCUCGUGGAACAUCGCGCCUGCCCAUUGGCAAUUUGGUCAAACAUUUGUUGGAAAGAACUUUAGAGUCUAAAUAUAGUGUAUGAAAGUGAUCGUAACACAAUAUCUUCGAGUUUUAGUGUUAGACCCUUUUGAUUUCGGGUUUUUUAUUUGCGUUUUAAGCUUUUUUUUUGUUUGUGUAGAAGAGCUGAAGCGGCUGCAGAAACAUGUAGCCCGCAGCUGUUCAAUGAACAAUGUAAUAGUAUCAAUCUAAUGUUUUGUAGUUGAUGCAUGGGCAUUAGGCAGUGUAUUUUACUGUACUUUCAGUAAUUUAUAGUGAUUUACUUUAAUUGAAACAUCUGAGUAAUUUAUGUUUCUGAUUUA